UGGAGUUCAUAAAUUUAAACCCAGCCCAAAUCAAGUCCCCUCCCCUGUCGCGCGAGCCUAACAAAAUCAGCUACCCAUUGUUCUCCACCAUCUGCACAGAAAUCAAAUCGAACAGCCCCAAAUUCCAUACGCACAUCCGCCAUGAUUAGCGUUCUUGCUCAGGAGCGUCUGCUGGGUGCUGCACUCGGAAGCAUUUUCACGGGGAUCGUUGUGUUCGAGCAGCGCCGAUGCAUCUACAACUCGAUUUCAGGGACCAAACCUCAACCAGUUUCCCGGAUUACAGAGCCCAUAUUUGGAAGGAAAACUCGUGCAGAGCUUGCACAUCUUUGGAACAAAUCUGUGGACCAGACAUUUCGACCUGUGAUUGAAUCUCUUAGUUCAUCUGGAUGGUAGAUAGAUUUGAAUUGCUGCACUGCACCCCGUAUGGAGUUCUAUUUGCGUGACAUUUAUACAUGCUGAGCUAAACUUGCCCACAUUGUAUCUUUUUACAUAUUUUGAGCAAACCAGAAGAUAAUGCAUCGUGACCACCAUUUUAAAGGCAUAAUAAUUUUGCCGGUAAACUAUAUUAUAUUUUUUUAAUUUA